UGCAUGUUGUUUUCAGAGUCAGUGAGUACUUGUGUUAAAUAACUGUGAUCUCAGUCAUUAAUGUUAAACAAUCUAAAAUAUCAGUUUGUUAAAUUUAGUGAGUUUCUGCUGUUCAUUUGAUGAAAAAGUUGAUAAAAAUAGUUAAGGACUAAAAUCAUUAAAGACUCUUUAGAUAUCAGCCAAUAAAAUUGGCUAUCAUCAUUUUUAUGUGCUUAAAAUUAGUAUCGGUGACAAAACAGACAUACAUAUCGGUUCUGAUUAACAUGUUUCUUAAAAUGUCAAAAAUGGUUAAUGGUUUUAUCAGUGAAGCCCAUUUUGAGUUGCUGUGAUCUUUUUCUCUUCUUUUCUUCCUCCAGACCAACACUCUCUGUACUACAUUUACUCCGCUCUCUCCAAAGAUGUCGCUCUACCAGGGAUCUAUGAGUUCACAGCACUGGGUCUGCUCAAUGACCGGGAGAUCGACUACUACAACAGUAAGGACCAGGCUAAGGUUCCUAAGCAGGACUGGAUGAAGGAGAAGAUGCAGCCAGAUUACUGGGAAAAAGGCACCCAGUCUCGCAAGAGCAAAGAGCAGUGGUUCAAGGUCAACGUGGGCAUCCUGAUGGACCGAAUGAAUCACAGUCAGACCGACCUUCAUGUUCUUCAGUGGAGACAUGGCUGUGAGAUCGAGGAAGCAGAUGGAAGUCACCGAUUUCUGAGAGGCAUUGAUGAGUACAGCUACGAUGGGUCAGAGUUCCUCUCUUUUGAUGAUGACAACAUGCGGUGGAUCGCUCCAGUUCCAGAAGCUUUGCCAACCAAAAGGAAAUGGGAUGAGGUGCCCAUCCUGAACCAGUACACCAAGGGUUACCUGGAGAAAGAAUGUGUGGACUGGCUCACCAAAUUCAUGGAGUACGGAAAAGAAUCACUGAGAAAACACUCUCCACCAGAUGUUCAUGUGUUUGCGAAGAAAUCUGUAACUGACCCGAAGAUGCUGACCCUGACCUGCCUGGCCACGGGCUUCUACCCCAAAGACGUGGUGGUGAGUCUGAGGAAGUUCCGCACUUCACUUCCUGAACAUCUACUAACAUCUUCAGGAGUCAGACCCAAUGAUGAUGGAACCUACCAGCUGAGGAAGAGUGUGGAGAUCCAGGAGGAUGAAAAAGCAUCUUAUGACUGUUACGUGACUCACAGCUCCCUCGAAACACCAGUAAUUGCAGAAUGGGAUGGAAGCUGCAAGGACUGUACGACAGGGAUCAUUGUGGGUUUCGUUGUUGGAUUUCUGGUUGCAGGAAUUUUGGCAGGCGUGGUCGUUUUCCUUAUAAAGAGAUAUAAAAAGAACCAGCAAACAAGCAACAAUGGAUAUAAUCUUACUCCUACAGAAAAUGGACACAAAUAAGCAAAUGGCAUGAAUGGAGCUCCUGCUACCACUUAAUCUGCUGUUUCAACACCUCAGACCAGCCAGCUCAACGAGUCAAUCAAAUGAUUUCAGCAUUUUACUGUACAUUUCCGAUAUCAAGGCCUUUAACACUUGAGACGCAAUCCUCAGCAUACAUUUCAGAACUUUUCUUCUGACCACAGUGUCAAUGAUGUUUGAGUAUAUUAAACAGAACCACCAGUAAAUGUGUUAAGAGCGACUGUAGACAAACAAGAUAAUCCUUUAUUGGUCCCACAGGGGGAAAUCCUCAACAUACCGUAACAUAUGUGUGUCACAGUAGCAGGUCAGGAAAGUUUAAAUGCUAGAGACCUGUGAUGCAAUCAUUUCAAUUCAGCUUCUUAGUCAGUCAAAAUACCAUAGAGAACCAUGUUUUCAUGGAGAUCAGCUGUAUAUUUCAUACUUUUUGGCACUUCUGGAUAAAGUGUAUCCAGUCAAAGCAUUUCAGUGCUUUUAAUGAUAGUUUUUGUGUUUGGAUUUCUCUUUAGCUUUAAAUCAGUAGAUACUCAAUAAGCCUGACUCAUAAACUGCAGUACUGAACUGUGCAGUUCUAAACAGCUUUUACAUCAUGGUGCCUAAAAGCAUCAUGUGUACUUAGACCUGUCUUUAAUUUUAUCCUGUCCUGCAUUUCCAGCUGUAAUGUUAUAAAGAGCUCUGCACCCAAGAUGGAAUGAUUAAGUUUUAUGUAUGUAUUAUGUUUCUUAAAGCUUUUAUAGUAAGGUCAGAAGCUGCACUCAGGAAAGUUAACAUUGAGCUCAACUAACAUUGAUUCUUCUUCAAGAAUAAAACUGUUACUUUUUUUUAAAAUAAAAUAAUGUUCAUACAAUUUGAAAGAAUAUACAUUUUAAUUGCUGAUUAAUUGAUUUUGUUGCUACUGUUUUAAUUGCUAAUUGAUUUGAUCAUCUUCAUUGCUGUUUAUGUCUGAGUGUAAAUCUCAUCGUUCAGUGAUUCUAUACAGACAUUCCUUUAAUAUGUGAUAUCUGUACAUUUCAUCAACUGUCAUUUACUUACAUUUAUGAACGUGUUGUUCUUGUAAAGUGCCUUCCUACUGAUUCACUUGCCUGUAAAACUGUAUUUCCUCACUGGGCCAUCUGUUCUGCCGUGCCUGGUUUUUGACUGAGGAUUUGAAAAAAUGUUUAGGUUUCAUCGUUUGAACUAUUCCUUUAAUGUGUUUUCUUAAGUGAGUGUUUAUCGAUGCACUGUAGUCGUGUGACGCAGAGGGUUUGCAAGAACGGGCUUGAUUUAUUAUAUGGAAGCUUUUAUAUGGAGGGUUAAAUAUUGCAGUGCAAUGUUUGUGUAUUGCACUUUUUAAAGUACUUUAUGACUUAUGGCACUUAUUUUUAUAUUUCCAAAUAAAGAUCUUAUUUCAAAUUGUC